UCAAUCUGUUGAGACUUCCUUAGUUCAGCUUUCACAGUCUCGAACGAAACUCGAAGUCCUCGAAGCAGCGGCCUCCUGAGUUCCCCACUUCUAUAAAAUCGCACCUCCUCCCUCUGUCUAGAAAGGGAACUCUCUUGAAAAUCUUUCGAUACUUUGAACUAAACUGUCGCUAAAAGGAAGAUCCAUGGCGGAAAUACUUGCUGCGUUGAGGUCUUUAAUGGCCUCUCACUGUCCUCCUCUCGAUUCCUUAGUCGUCCCUUCUGAAGAUUAUCAUCAGAGCGAAUAUGUUUCUGCUCGGGACAAAAGGCGCGAAUUCGUUUCUGGAUUCACCGGAAGUGCAGGCUUGGCACUUAUAACAAAAAAUGAAGCUAGGCUAUGGACGGACGGUCGAUAUUUCUUGCAAGCAACGCAGCAGCUUAGUGAUCAAUGGCAAUUGAUGCGUAUCGGAGAAGAUCCUUCCGUCGAUGCCUGGAUGUCUGAUAAUUUGCCAAGAGAGGCUGCUAUUGGGGUUGAUCCGUGGUGUGUAUCAGUGGAUACGGCUCAAAGAUGGGAACGUGCUUUUGCGAAAAAGCAACAGAAAUUAGUUCAAACUUCAACCAAUUUGGUUGACGAGGUUUGGAAAACCCGGCCACCGCUUGAAGUUAAUCCAGUCAUUGUUCAUCCCUUGGAAUUUUCCGGUCGUUCUGUUGCUGACAAGUUGAAGAAUUUGAGGGAAAAGCUUGGGAAUGAAAAGGCUCGUGGAAUAAUCAUCACAGCUUUAGAUGAGGUUGCUUGGUUGUAUAAUAUUCGUGGGACUGAUGUGUCUUACUGUCCAGUUGUUCAUGCAUUUGCUAUUGUAACAUUGAAUUCUGCUUUCCUUUAUGUGGACAAAAGGAAGGUUUCUACCAAGGUGAGCUCUUCCAUGCAAGAGAAUGGAAUUGAAGUUCGGGAGUAUGGUGCAGUGAGUUCAGAUGUUGCAUUGUUAGCGUCUAAUCAACUUGACCAGGACAGGGGAGUAAGUUCUGGUCAAAAUAGUGUUUGUGAAAAAGAUACAUCUGAAGAAGAAGAAAACUAUAACGGUCUUAUAUGGGUUGAUCCUGCUUUAUGCUGCUAUGCUUUGUUUUCAAAAUUAGAUGCUGAUAAGGUGCUCCUGCAACAGUCACCUUUGGCCCUUGCAAAAGCCUUAAAGAAUCCAGUUGAGUUGGAUGGAUUAAGAAAUGCACAUAUCCGCGAUGGUGCAGCUGUUGUGCAGUUUCUUGUCUGGUUGGAUAAGAAGAUGCAAGAGAUUUAUGGGGCUUCUGGUUACUUCUUGGAGAGGGAGGGAGCAAGCAAAAAAAGACUAGAGACUAACAAGCUGACAGAGGUGACUGUUAGUGAUAAGUUGGAGGAAUUUCGUGCAUCAAAAGAGCACUUUAGAGGCCUAAGUUUCCCAACUAUUUCUUCGGUUGGUCCAAAUGCGGCCAUCAUCCAUUACUCACCUCAGGCAGAAACAUGUGCUGAGCUUGAUCCAGAUAGCAUUUAUCUGUUUGAUUCAGGAGCCCAGUAUCUAGAUGGGACAACUGAUAUAACCCGGACAGUUCAUUUUGGAAAGCCUUCAGCACAUGAGAAGGCUUGCUAUACUGCGGUUCUUAAGGGCCAUAUUGCUCUGGACAAUGCUCGAUAUCCGAAUGGAACAAAUGGUCAUGCUCUUGAUAUUCUGGCUCGAAUUCCUCUGUGGAGGUAUGGUCUUGAUUAUCGACAUGGUACCGGUCAUGGAAUUGGGUCUUAUCUGAAUGUUCAUGAAGGGCCCCAUCUAAUUAGUUUCAGACCACAGGCUCGAAAUGUGCCACUGCAAGCUUCCAUGACUGUAACAGAUGAACCUGGAUAUUAUGAAGAUGGGAGCUUUGGUAUAAGAUUAGAGAAUGUACUUGUAAUCAAGGAGGCUGAUACAGAAUUCAAUUUUGGUGAUAAGGGAUACUUAUCCUUUGAGCAUAUCACAUGGGCACCCUAUCAGAUAAAGUUGAUCGACUUGAGCCUCUUGACACCCCAGGAGAUUGAGUGGGUGAAUUCCUACCAUUCAAAAUGUCGGGAAAUUCUUGAACCUUACAUGGAUAAACAUCAGAUGGAAUGGCUGAAGACUGCCACUGAACCUGUAAGUGCAUGAUCUCUGUCCAGGAAGCCCCAAUGAAUCGUUGCACAUCUUUCUUCUUUCCUCCAUCGGUUUUAAAGAAUCAAAUUUGGAGAUUUGUUCUGUAGCUAAAUUAUAUGUUGAUCUUUAUGGAGUAUUGAUGUCUUUACGUAUGGGAUGUGUUCAGACUUGGAGGAAUGAAAUCAAUAAAUCGCCUCAUCAUUUUAUUUGUUCUUGAA